AUGAGGGCACUUAAUAUUAAGAUUUUAUUUCCACUAUUUCUUCUUAGUGUUCUAUUGAGCUGUAAGGCCGAGGAUUGUACAUCUCUGUUAUAUGACAAAGAUGUACCGGAGGCGUUCAACACUCGUACCUACGAGACUAUAACGACAUUUCCCGGCUCCGUGAUCGGCCAUUGUUCUGGUAGAUGUUUAGGAAAUCUGGAAUGUCAGGCGGUAGAGGUUUGUGAAUCCGGCGGAGCGGAGUAUUGUAGAUUUGUGAAGGGAUGGGAUCCUACUUUUACAGAUUCGGGCAGCGGGGGCACAUGUCAGCAGUAUAGAGUGAACUUUAUACUUCUUUGUCAAUUUCUAGAUCUGUGUGACUUUGAGAUAGCUCCAGAACCAUCGUGUUUUCUGACAGAGGCAACAGAUGAUAUUUUCAACUGGAUGAGGAAAUUGGGACCGACUGGUUCUGUUAACACCGGUCCUGAUGGCGCUAAAGCCGGUACCUACUACAAGUACAUAGAAACAUCGUCACCUCGAGUCACCGGAGACUACGCCAAACUGGUCAGCAAUAGAGUGUUUGAAGAUAAGACAUACUGUCUUACCAUGUACUACCACAUGUACGGAUCAACGACCGGAACUCUGAAGAUUCAGACUAGGACCGGAAAUGACACAGUGACGCAUUGGGAACUGACAGGUGAUCAGGGAAACCAAUGGUACAGCAUCGAUAAACUCAACCUCCCUCUGAAUAACAACACGGAGAUAAUCAUCGAUGCCUCCAGGGGAAGUAAUUACUACAGCGACAUCUCUGUUGACUAUAUAGUGUUGUGGCCCUUUGCUUGUCUCUGAGGACGUCACACAAAUGAUCAGCGUAUAUACAAGAAUGGCCAUACCUCAUGAUAAAUUUUCUAUGCCUAGUUUUUUUUUUCAAGAA